AUGAACCUGCGGAGUGACGACUCUGACAUCGACCCCGCUGCUAGCAACCGCAUCUCGGGUAGGCGGGGGGAGGCCAGGAGUCUAGGAUUGCCUACCAGAGAAGUGAACUACGGUCGCACUGGCGGUCAGAGUUCUUCAACACUAGGAGGUUCACUACGGGUUCAAGGAGUUUCCGCUCUGCCACUUUCAGCAUUUGAGGUGCAUGCAAUAGAAAGCAAGGACGACUGGCAGCCACGGAGUAGUCAAGAAGGACCUUCUCACCAAGACGUGAGCCUAGACGCCAGUUCUCCUAUGCAGAAACUGCACCGUCUUGUCGGUGACGCCUCUGAAUUACAAGACGCGGCUAGCAGGCCGGCCUCCGACGACACGCUGAACAACGAAAAGCGAAACAGCGUACCAUUGCUUCCCGGGAAACGUGCUGGUGAUGCGAAUUUCCUGUCGGAGCCUAGAGGCGUGGCUACGAAUAAUUCGCCGAGUUCGCAACCGGACACGUCAAGAGUUAACUCGGCGACAGCGAACCAGCCGAAACGAAAGACCACAAAAGCUCGCAACUCUGUGCCCGACAGCGGUCAGUCUUCCCCCCGAGGUCAGAUGGUCGUUGUGAACGUAGAAGCCUUAGGUAGCCCGAUAGAUAAGGACACAGGUCGCCCCCUUUUCUACAACGACAGAAUUUUGGUUGGCUGGCGUUGUUCGGACCACGAACUCCUCGCUCUUAAAGCGCUGGAAAUGGAAGAGGAAGAAGAGGAAGACGAUGUUCCACAGGGUUCUUCUCUCUCAGCUCCUGCUUCUAUGGAUGAUCCAAAUGCCUCCAUUACCGACGAGAAGCCGCAAGUGGGCAUUCCUUGCGCUCAGUCAGGUUUCGACCCGUUAACCCUGGGAGCCAGUCAGUCCGAAAUUCGCUUGUGUGGCUAUGUACCGCCCGAUCUGGGUAUUGACAUACGCAGUCUCCGGGAUUCUCGUCAAACAACGUCGAGUGCUUCAGCGUCAUCUAAUCCUGCUGUUCCUCUCGAUCUGUCGCAAGUUAGCGCAUUGUGGCCUAACACUCGCAGGCCCAGAAACAACAAUGAGAACUCGGCUCACUUCGGUAACUUUAACCGACACGGGAAUAUGUCGCCAGCGGAUUCGCCAAGCGCUGUUUUCGCUUCUUCUGAUAACAGCAAACGACGAACAUCAACGCCCGGGCAACCAGGAUUGAGUGAUGGCAUGGUCGGAGCACCGCCGCGGCGUUUGCAAGUGCUGGACCGUAUGUUGAAAAGCUAUGCCAGCCCAGAAGUCGAAUCGGUGAAGACUCUCUUCCGGAGGCUGCCUCAGAAAAGAUCGCUUCGAAAGAAAGUUCCACAUGGUGAAACCUGGAAGCGGCCAGAGAGUCAGGUGGACAACCAAGAAACGUUGAGUGCAAGUGACGCGCAAAAGAAUAACUCGAAUUCAGGCCUUGGCAUAUCCUCGAAGGAUAUGGCAGAAGAGAGACAAAGUCUGGGGUUAAGUUCUGGGAACCAUGCAACCUCAAAAGGUGCUACUAGGCCCAGCAAAGGGAAUUUAGAUCGUAGUGGUGGCACGGUGUAUUCAGAACACACGCGGUCCCCCGGAACAGGUGAUAAUCUGGAAGGAGGACGCGCGGGAAAAAACAUUCGAGACAGUGUGACUGAAGACAGUAAGACAGAAGAAUUCGUAAAGAAAAGGCUAUUGGAUGACGACGAACUGUGUGGAAUGGAUCUUAUCAAGUUGUCCCUCAAACAUUAUCGCGCUCGUGUUGAAGGAACCAGAUACGAUGGAUACCCUGAAAACAACUCUGAGAAUGUAGAGGCAUUGAAAGCGUUUAUGAAAGAGUUUGCAUCCCACGAUUACGUCGGCGACAUUCUCUUUCUCGCUCCGGACGCGCCGAUCCAUGCACAUGCCACUUCGCCCGAACUGAAUGGGGAAGCGAGUCCAACUGAUGGCGAAGAAUGUACGUCUGCCUCGUGUACUUCGAAGCACCCAACAGAGAUUGGAAAUAAAGAGGAACAAGCUAGAAGCGCAUUUCGAGUCAACCCGCCACAGCCUCCCGCACUGGCUCCAGACGACAGAGAUAGUGUACAACGAAGCAACUCAAAUGUGAAUAAAACUGUUAAGAUAAGCGAAUAUCCUAAUGGAAGCGCAGACAAACAGCAAAGCAUCUUUUUGAAGAGAACGCUCAACUCGGAUAACAGCAAAAAUCUCGAUUUUUGGGCCGUUAAUGGGUUCGGUCCGUAUCCAACAUCAGCGCCAGGAGACAAACGCGCGGAGAAAGUCUCACAGGAUGAAGACGGUGUUGCUGAAGAGCCAUUCAGGGUAGGAAAGCCAAGUGUUCCAGAGCAGACCAUUCACGCAGUCAGCUCCAACCGAUCACUUCAGGAAACAUUACAAGUUUCAGAAAGUGGCAAAGAGGAAAGUGGGCGAACGGUCUUCCCUAAUGACCCUCUGUUCAGUCUACAGUGGUCACUGGGGUCGCCACCGCAGGAUGUGCAGAUGAGUGCGGAGUUCUGCUUCCUUCGAGCUCGAGAAGAACUUCAGGGUAGGUCGGCAGACGCAGACGAAAGAGGGGCAGGUGGUUCCUUUCAGCAAACGCCGAACAAAUCUCAGCUCGCUAAGGUGAGACAGCUUUGUGAGGCAGCUGGUCACAAAGACAAAUACGCAACCGGAGGGAAACUCAGAGCCACAACCCUUGCUGCAGAGGUCGAAGAUGGUCAAGGAGACACAGAUCAGCACAAAAAAGACGGGAUAACUCCAGACAGCGCCUCGACUCUCCAGGCAGAGGCCAACGAGAAACAGGUCCAAGACUUGGAAGGAGACAUGGAAGAGAGACAGACAACUCCGUCUCUGCAGGAGAGUGCAGAACUGCACGUACUUCAAGGUAGCCAUGCAGGAAGAGGUGGAGGAACACAUAUUGGAGAAAACGCAGCUGACGCAAACAGCAUUGACAUGGUCAAGGCAUGGCGACUCAGUCUUAGUCCACAGGAUGAAGACAACAAGAAGAAGCAAGAAGUUCUCGUUGCUGUCAUCGAUACAGGCGUCAACUACAUCCACUCAGACCUUGCAAACAGCAUCUGGGUCAACGAACAGGAGCUAAACGGCAUACCUGGGUUUGACGACGACCAGAACGGUUAUAUCGAUGACGUCUACGGCUGGAAUUUUCUACACGGGAACAAUAACCCCAUGGAUGACAACGGUCACGGCUCUCAUGUCGCAGGGAUUAUUGGAGCUCAGAGGAAUAAUAAUCAAGGAGUGUCUGGCAUCAGCAGCCACGCUCGGAUCAUCGCACUGAAGAUUCUUAACAAAAAGGGAGAAGGAGACGUGUCACAUGCGAUUCCCGCCAUCCGAUACGCUCUGGACAAUGGCGCCAAAGUGAUUACUAACUCCUGGGGAGGCAUCUCAGGAACUCAGAUUCUGGGAGUGCUGUUGAAGGAGGCAGUCGCUGACGCGAGCGGAAGCGUCUUUGUGAUCGCGGCAGGGAAUGAUGGCAUGGAUAUCUCGAAAGAUCCGUAUUAUCCAGCAUCUUUCCUAAGAGACUGGACCAUCACUGUCGCAGCUCAUGCGCGUGACGGUGCGCUGCCGAAAUGGUCGAACUAUGGCCAUAACACUGUUCACCUUACAGCACCAGGUGAAAACAUCACAAGCACGUGGAUGGGGAGUGGAUACCGUUUGAGCAGUGGAACGUCAAUGGCAGCUCCCAUGGUCAGCGGCGUAGCCGCAGAGAUUCUCGCCUACAAUCCUAUGCUCCAACCGCAGCAAGUGGUCGACGUUCUUGUGCAAAGCGCUAUCACGGAUAAACGACAUGCAAAUGUCUCGCUCACGGGAGCCCGUCUGAACGCGUAUCGCGCUAUUAUUCUUAGCCAGCUUCAGUUCGUCUCGCUGUCACCCGCCGAAUUACAUGUCGGCGGAACAGUGGAUCCUGUCGGAGAAGUCGAAAUGAUUUUUCGAUCCCUCAUGCUUCCACCUGGUGUGUACGAAGGCACUAUCGAGCUCGUCUACUCCAGACGCCUAGCCAGCACGCGAGGCCUGGGGAUGCUCUCGGGUGUGCUGAAACGCAGAAUCGUCCAGCUGGUUCAAGUGACCCUACCAGUAAAGUUAACAAUCAUCCAGUAA